AUGCGUCUUUAUGCUAUUCCAAUUGUAAAGAAUCGUUGGGCCUACUACUGUCAUUCCACCAUCCCUUCCACGUCUCGUCUGACGAAAGCUGUGGACUGGUCCAGCAAGAAAUGGGAGUUAUUAGAUAAAGCAGAGCCUGAUAGUUGGAAGAAAAAGCUUUAUAUUCGUGGAAGCAACGUGAUGAAUCAGUUGGAUUAUCAAGAAUGGUUCUUUAAGAGUGUGCCGGGCAAGGAGGAUAUUGAAAAGCCUUUGAAUCAGGUCUUGGUGCAUCAUCCUUCGAUCUUGGACGGAUCUCAACUCGAAUCAGAAUUAAAGGCAUUGCUGAACGAACGAAUUCCGUAUCACAAAAAGUACAUGCGUUAUUCUGCUUAUUGGGUUCCCUUGGCGUGCACCUUUGUCGUCGUACCACUCAUCCCCAAUAUACCACUUGCUUACAACUUGUUUCGUUUGUACAGCCAUUACAAAGCUUGGAAAGGCGCAGAACAUUUGGAGUCCUUGUCGAGUUAUGGCAGUUUGAAGUACGUCAACGACAUACACUUGGACAUAACUUUUGAUAAGAAAUCACUCGUCAGUGCCGAGGACAUUGUGUUUCCUUCUGAAAUCCACGAAGCUUUCCAGAAAUCACCCAACAAGCCUGAUCUGGUGGCCAUGGAGCAAGAUAUAGAAGGCGUUCUGAAUUCAAACAAUAUCAAACAGCUGGUGGAGGAGUUGCAGGUGCCGGGAUUGGAGAUGGAAUUGAAUCGAGCUCGUUUGCAGAUCCUUAAGGCCAUUGCAACUGAACGCUUCAAACACGAAAAGACACAUUAG